AUGACUCGUGCUGGCCAAUGUCUCCCACCCAUACAAAGUAAACUCACAAACAUUUCUGUCAGUGAUGAUCAGAAGGUGGACGAAUUCAUCUUGCCAGAUGGUGCGGUGAUGAUCGCCAAGGCAGACUCUGUGUCGCCGACAAAUUUCAUUAACAUCGAUGGACUGGUUGUGUGCAAGUAUCAUUUACUCGACCAGACCGCGCAGCUUGUCCUUUCAGCUGUCGGCACGCAGUUUGAAAAUACUGCAUCACAUGUACCAAGCUUUCAGGUGAUCGAGAUCCUUCCUUCCUCCACCUCACCACAGCCGUCUAGAAACGACAUAUCCGUGAAAGAUAUGUGGGCAACUGUGUAUGCACUCUUCACACUGUACCACAAUCAAGAAACCAUCCCGGUCGUACUGUCUCAGACAAUCAACAAUAGCGAAGAGCUACGUUCGUAUUUAUUCCGAUCUGGCCUCGGGCGCACGGCGCAUGCGCCUACAGCCCCAAAGGAGGAGAUAUACUUGCACAGAGCCACGUUCUGGCAGGGUGCGGGAACACAAGGAUACCAUACUCGUGGUUGGCUACCUCCAUCGUCACUUCCGGCUGCGCCUUUUGCCUCCAUCCAGUCAUUCACCCGUACACCCACUGUCAUUGCCGCGCACCCUCUUCGUCCACCAAAGCCCAAACCGAGAGAAACGUUAUUUAGGCGAUUUUGCCCAUCCAUAAGCGAGACUCUAGAGUUCACGUACUUUGACGUCGGCAGUGGAUCGGAUACUUCAGAGCAUCUAGACUUGUUUCAUCGCUGGCAUAAUUCAGAGCGAGUGAACAAGGGGUGGGGAGAACGCGGUUCGCUGGAGAAACACAGAGCAUAUGUCACGGAAGUAGCGAACGAUCCUGGUGUUCUUCCUAUAAUAAUGAGCUGGAACGGCGAGCCCAUGGGGUAUGCGGAGGUCACGUAUUUGAAGGAAAAUCAUGUGGCGCCCUACAUUCCUGGUGGUCCUGGAGACUGGGACAGGGGCCUCCACGUCCUUGUCGGAGAGGAUAAGUUCCGUGGUACCCAACGAACCAAUCUAUGGCAUCGUGCCCUGAUACACUACUGCUUCCUGGUGGAUCCCCGCACGGAAAUUGUGUUGGCUGAGCCCAAAGCUGAGAAUGCCUCCAUCAUCAAAGUGCAAUUUGACUCGGCCAUGCAUAUCGCCACAAUUUUUGACUUUCCCUAUAAACGCUCUGUACUCGCCUGCGUUUCCAGAGAGCGUUUCUUCAGGCUGGACUUGCUGUGA